UGGUCUUGAACGCGGCUUAAUGCAAUUUUUUGCUGGCUCGGCUGGAAAAACAUGCAUUUUUGAUGAGAAAACAGAAGGAGAGACAAGUGCAGUCAGACACACAUACAGUGACAGUCCGACCACUAGUGCAGUGCAGUGCGGGGUACGAAGAAAGUGCGCAUUUCACACAAAAUAGCAGUUCAUUUAACCGACCUUAUUGAUAGUUAUGUGCAUACAUACACGCAUGUACACAUACACGGGCUAGAAAAACCAACCACCAUCGCACCGCCGCAGCCCCACCAGCAAAACAGCAUCGUUCAACCACAGGAAAAGAGUGGUGCGAGGAGGAGGAGGCAAAUCGAUAAGGUCACCAGAGAAUGGAGUCCCAACCGAAGCGGCCCUCAUUGCAUUUAGUGGCAGAGGCUGGAACAGGAUCUGGAUCGGCACCUGGAUCUGGAUCUGGAAUGGGUGCUGCCACAGCUGAGAUGUCGGGCGCAUAUUCCCCCACGUCGGGCUUCCUGCCGGACAUGCCGCAGUGGAAGAAGGACCUCAUACAGCGCCGCAAGACGAAUGUGGCCCGCACCCAGGCAGCAGCCUCGCCCACAGCUACGUCCGAUGUGGAUGUGGCCUUGGGGGAGUCGAGUGCAUCGGGGGGAUCAGUAGGCGGAGGAGUAGGCGCCAGUGCAGAACCGACUGCGACUGAGGCGACGAUCACUAGUCAACCACAACAGAAGCCGCUGGCCAAAAGAAAUGUAAGCCAGCCAGCGACGGCAACAGCACACUUACAAAUGCAAGCAGCGCCUAAGACUACACCAACAGAGGAAAAGUCUGAGAAAUCUUUAAUUGGAGGUCAUCAUACCCAACAGCAACAGCAACAGCAGCAGCAGCUCCACCAAGGCAAAGACUCAGCGUCAGCGUUGGCCUUUUCAAUUUCAGCUGAAACAACGUUUGGGCCAACGGCCACUGGAAAUCCACAAAUACCAAUACCAAUACCAAUACCAAAGCAGCGAUCAAGUUUAUUUAACACAAGAAGUCCAUCAACAGCAACAAGCAGUAGAAGCAGCUUCAGCGGCAGCAGGGAGCCAGAAAUUCUAAAUUUGGAUCUCAGAGAGCGCGAGCGAGAGAGCGAACGCGAACCGGGAGAGCAGAUUGACUCCAUGGUGAGUUACCGCUCUCGCGGCGGUGGUGAAGUUGAAACUGGCACAGCGGCAGCAGCGGCAACUGGAGCAUUAACAGCAAUCGACGCCAGCAGCGGCAGCGGCGUCGGCGCACUGGCAGCAGCGCCAACAUCGUCGUCGUCAGCAAAUCACUUGCAAACGAAACUUGGACAGACCGUUUCAGAAGGGGCUCCCAAUCAGACGAGCUCCACCGCGAAAGAGAAAGAACUGCAGGUAGCCGCAGCAAUAGCAACAGCAGCACCAGCAACACCGUUGCUUCUUGUUGAUAAUAAAAACGGUUCGAAGACAAAGCUCAUUUCCGAUAAAUUGCAGGGCAAUAAGUUUAUAAAACAACAGCAAGAACAACAACAACAGCAACAGCAACAAUUGUCGCCCACCAAAUCAACGGUAAAAACGACAAUGGUCGCCAUGCAAGAAAUGAAAAAGACAAAACAAAAUGGCCAACACCGUCACAUCGCGAAGAGCAGCAGCAACAGCAGCCACAGCGGCGACACAGAGGCCGCCCCCGGUGUGGCCCUGCCCGAGCUGGUGGACACCGGCGAGGAUCUGAGCUAUGGGCCUGGGAUCGUGUCGAAGCUGCGCUGCCGCUACCUUAGCCUGGCGCUGCGCGAGUCCCACCAGCAGAACCAGAAGCAGCGCCUGCAGCGCUCCACCAGCCUCAACACUUUGCUCGAUCGGGACGACGAUGAGGAGGAAAUGAAUGCCAAUGCCGGUCUCGAGGUGGUCUCGACCCGGGCCAAAUCCACACCGCCGCCGAUACUGGGUGCCAAGCCGACGAUGCUUGGCGGUGGCUACAUCAAGGGCGCCCAGGCGCCGGUCCAGCGUCCCGUUAGUCUGGGCACCAAUGGAACAACCCCCACCCUGUCCGCGCUAAGCACCGAAGAUUCCACAAAGCCCAGCAAUGGAGGAGGAGGAGGAGGAGUGAACCGCUCACGCCACUUCAAACGCGGCAACGAGGUAAUGAAGCGUGCCCGCUCCGUGGAGGCGCUGCUCUGCGAGAAGUCGCCAUGGAAUACGCAGAGAGCCAGCUACCAGGCGACAAGCAUGGCCAUGCCCACUGCACCACAGGCUCUCUCCCCGGGCGCUGCGUCGCCCACCUGCGUCACCAUCGAGGACAAGAUCCACAAUGCCCGCGAGCGACUGCACAGUGGGACGGAUACGGCGCCGCCCAAGCGUCUGACCUCCAUCAUCGACGACACGGAGCGCCCGCCACCGGAUCUGGUCAAGCAGACGCUGAAGAUGUUCGAGGCGAGUGCCAAUCGUCGGCCACGCUCCACCCACCGCUCCAACGGAGUGGGCGGUGUGGCCAGCAAGGUGGCAAACUACAAGUCGAUCCUCAAGGAGCAGCGAUCUCCGGCACCCAGCGUAGGCAGCACACCGCCAUCCCUGUUGCGGCGUGAGCCCGGCCAGAGUGUGGGCUUUGCUGCGUCCACCCCCAAGCAGGCGACACGCUCGGCCUUGAUCUCUGACAGCAGCAGCAGCACACCCCAUCCCCAUCCCGAUAUCAUUCCGCGGCAGCUGGCCAGCGUCGUAGACUCGCCCGUUACCGCGCUGAGCCACUUGAUGGGACGCAUCAAUCUGCAGGACGCUGAUGGUGAGGCAACGCCAGCCGCGUCGGCUGUGAAUGAGAGCUUAGUCAGCGAGGCCAGAGCGGCGACGGCAUCGGGAACGGUAGCAGUGGCAGUGCCAGUGUCAGUGGCAGUAGCGGCGUCAGCGUCAGCGACGACAAACAACGAAGCGAACAGCGAAUACGAGAAUGAGAAUGAGAAUAAUGGCAGGCACGAUGUUGGCAACGAUGGGGAUGACGACAACAUCGCCAACGACAACAACCGCAACGACAGCGACAACAAUGGGCACGAUGGCGAUAAUAUGGGCGCGGCAGGCGAUAAGCCUAAGCCCCCCACAAGCACAGCAACGACGACGACGGCUGCGGCGGCGGCGGCGACAGCGGCAGGAGGCGCCCAGCGAUCAUUCGUUGCCACGAUCGAGAGCGCGCAUGUUCCCAGUGGAAGUAAUAUCGCAAGAAAACAGCUGAACAACAUCGAAACGGGAUCAGGAUCGGGAUCUGGAUCUGGAUCAUCCGGGAUAACGUCUACAACAACAACAACCAAACAGAUUGGUGUGAUACGGCCGCUCUUCAAUAGCAGCGGUACGACACAGCAGCUAACCAGUCGCGAGAUCGAAAAGAAUCGCAUUAAUGAAAUGAAAAAGUCCUCGGCACUGGCCAACGAUGGCAGCUCCGGUGCGGGUUCGCCCAUAACUAGUCUGGAUACGGUGAUAAAUUCGAUACGGGAUGGCAGCGAAACGGACGCGGCCUCAGCCUCGCCCUUGUGGACACUACGGAAGCUGCGUCAUGGCCAUGCAGCCGGUAGCAAUUCUGGUCAUCAUGCGGCAGGAACGUCGGCCACUUCCAGCCAUUCCACAGAGAACACCUCGAUGGUGUUCAAUUUCUCCAAGAGCACCAAAGAAGUGCCCGACUACAUUGAAAGCGAUGUUGUGAUCUACAGGCGUAAACGGGAAUUGCCAAAGCCAAAUGAGCCCGGCUUCGUGUUGCUGGGCGAUCUAUCGGUGGAGACCUCCACGGAUACGGACUAUGACGAUUACUCCCUGUGCCCGCCCUCGCCGUGCGACGUGGAGUUCGAGAAUGCCAACAUUGUGAUCGAUGGCAAGUCCAGCAUACGCCAGAAACCCAAAGAGUCAUCGUUUCGCGUGCAGUUUAACGACACGUUGACUUCCACCUUCGAGUACCCGUCAGAGGCAUCGAUGGUCAUCGAUGAUCCGCCCUAUGCCGAUCCCUUUUCCCAUGUCAGCAAGCAUCACCAGCUGCUGCUGGCCGAACAGAUGCAGCUGCUACAGCAUCAGCAACAGGUGCAACAGCAGCAUCAUCAUGUUACUGUGGACGAGAUCAUUGAGCUGCCCGCAUCGACGGUGGGCAACAACAGAUCUGGUGGCAGCGGUGGAGGGGGCAAUAUGCUGGGGAAUUUACCGUUGGAUUACCCAAGUUUAGGGAGGGGUAUUAUCUUGCAACAGCAGCAGCAAGAGCAACAGGAGGAGGCGCAACAGUUGGAGCAACAGCAGUUGGAGCAGCAGGAACCAGAGCAGCUGCAGCUGCAGCAGCAACAGCAACAGGAACCAAAAAUAACAGCAACAGAAGCACUACCAUCAAAUGUCGAAAUCAAGCACCAGCAGCUCCACUGCCAACAGCGUAGAGCACGGCCAUCGGUUCUGCUGAAGCCGCAGUAUGCCUGCUUCCUGCAGAAUGAGUCGAGGCCGGCACAGUCACCGCCGCCCGUUAAAGUGAAGCCCAGAAAGGCGGCCUCCUUCUCAAUGGGAAACUAUCAUCAGGAUCAGCAACAGCAGAGUAAAUAUGAAAUACCCGAUAGCAGAAACCGAACCACAAGCACCACAAAUAAAAAAAUGAUCAGGAGCAGUAGCAGGAGCGGAAGCAGCCAGUGCAGCAGCGAUGCCAGCCAGCAGCAUCAGCACCAGCAGUCGCGUCGUCGGCCGAGUCUGCCGUCAUCGCUAGCCUUACCCAAUGCCAGCACAGCCCUGCUCCAGGCACGCAUACCGGGCACCACGCUCUACUAUGUCUAAAAACCGAAAUGCGAAUCAACAGAAA